UCUGUCAGCUUUCGCGAUGAACGGGCGAAUCACUGCGGACGUAAAAAGUGCAUCACUGAAAGAACGACGGAAUUUUGUCUGAUUUUGAAAAAAUACUCAAAAGUUUUAGAAGUGCGGUGAUUUUUGUUGGGAACAGCAGCUUUCGAUCUUUUCGGAGACUAACAGGAAACGUUUACCACCAGCAGGCACGGAGAAACCCCGACAAACAGCAUGUCUCGCGUGCAGGUGCUAUAUGACUUUGCUGGGGAGCCCAAUUCGGCGGAAAUUACCAUCACUGUUGGGGAAAUCCUGACCGUAACGAACACCGAGGUAGGUGAGGGAUGGUGGGAAGGCACAAACUCCCGUGGUCAGCGAGGCCUAUUUCCAGCUGCAUACGUGGAAGUGUUAGCAAACAAUGCGGGACCACCGAAGAUGCCUCCGCCGCCACUAGCGGCGGCACCGGCAGUCAAACAGCAGCAGCAGCCGCCGCCGCAGCAACAACCACCACAAGGACCACGAUAUGAUCAAACGGCAGACGACUGGGGAGAACAACAGGACGACUGGGAAGAUGAUUGGGACGAUGAUAAUGAUACAUACUCGGAGAUUGGACCAGCACAUACUGGAGGAACCAAUGCAGGUGGGGUGAAUGUUAACAACAAUCAGAAUGGAAAUUUCCAGAGUAGUUAUUAUGCCAAUGCCAACUUGCCGGCCAUACCUGCAGGAGCUCACGAUGGAGAUUCAGUGUCUCUAGCUUCCACGGUGGUGGGCGGAACUAGGAGAACAACCUCAUCGAAUAAGAUAUUUAAAAGUGGCGAUUCCUUUUUGAUGGGAGCGAGUGUACCUGCGGUUUCCGAAAGUGAUCGAGUGCAGAUUUUACAGACCGAAAGCGGAAUCAUAUGGAAACCGAUGCGCGACGCUUAUACGGUUUCGGUCGAUUCGCCAAAAAAAGAGAAAAAGUUUAAUGGCCUUAAAAGCUUUAUCGCUUAUCAGUUGACGCCUUCGUUUAACAACACUGCAGUGUCUCGACGAUAUAAACACUUUGACUGGCUGCAUGAACGUUUAGUGGAGAAAUUUUGUCUGAUCCCAAUUCCUCCACUGCCGGAUAAGCAAAUAUCCGGCCGGUACGAUGAGGAGUUCGUCGAGCAUCGACGUGUGCAAUUGCAAGAAUUCGUAGAUUGGAUGUGUCGACAUCCGGUUCUUUCGACUUGUGGAGUUUGGAUGCAUUUCCUGACCUGUACAGACGAGAAGAAAUGGAAAACAGGAAAACGAACGGCCGAGAAAGAUCCACUGGUGGGAACGACGUUCUGUGCCGCCAUAUUUCCACCAGAGAAAACUCUGCUUCACUCACAGGUUGAACCGCAGGUGGAUUCUUGUACCCUUUUCGUGCCUCAAAUGAAUACGGCUGUCAAAACGCUAGCACAAAUCUGCACCGAUGAAACGAAAAAGUUUCAACUGCAGUGGAAACAAGAUUAUCAGAGAAUUGGUGAGGGUUUAUCGGAGUUGGCCCGUGCCUUGGACGUCGACGAGCGUCGCCAAGUUACCCAGGUUAGCCUAUCCAGCUCGGUUGGACAAGCAGCUGGUAUCUUCAUUAACAUUGGGCAAAUGUUUGCCGACCAGCCGAAGCAUGAUUUCAUUCCGUUCGCGGAUCGGUUGCACAUAUACCGUGGUCUAUUGAACAGUUUCCCAGACACUCUGAGCGAGUACAGAAACGCUGUCCAGAAGCGGAAAGAUUGCGAGAAGCUAACCGCCGAACAGAAAAUGGAAAACAGUCAGCUGGCUGAAGUAAACCGCCGCGUGGACGUGAUGUCGUACGCCUUGCUAGCGGAAAUGGCACACUUCCGACAAGAGCGGGAUACACAUCUGAAGGAUACGAUCGGGAACUUCAUAGGAGCGCAAAUUGAAUUCUACAAAAACAUCGUCCGCCGGUUGGAACAGGCCCAGUCGCACUUCUAAGAGCUGGACAAAUAAUAGUAGGUUCUACCACAUCUUUUCAAGUUCAAAAUUCACUCUGCCACUGUUGGUACAAUGCUAGUGUUCCCUUCACUUUUGAAAUUAGUUUUUUUUUGGUAAAUACAAUGGAAAACUGUGUUAAAUUGAACAAAAAAAGUCAAUGUUUGGCUACAAAAAAGUCGAGCAUAAUUUACUCUUGAGAACAUGAAUUUGUGCUAAAUACGUAUCCACUAAACAUUUCUUACAUGUAUGCUACAUGUAAACUUAUUUUUUAAGUAUUGAUAUGAAAUACUACUAAUUGUCAGUUUGGAAUUUUUCGCAUAGGCAGUAUUGAUACACGUAUGCAGGAUGAUGUUGGGAAAAAUGUGCAGAUUGCUCUAUCUCAGUCUUCAGUACAACAGUUAUUAAAUUUAUUGCAAUUUUUCGAUAUAAAUUGUUUUACUUCUGUUUAUUUUGGUUUGGAUUGUUACUGUGUUUCAAAAUUUAUUGUAAAAAUGUUGAUAAGGCUUAUCAAAAUUAUAAGCACAACCAAACCUUACAAGCUUCUGGGUAACAAAACAUUCUUUUUACCAGAACAAAGUGAAGCUUGCUCUGGCAUAUUGCACAUAUAUUUUAGUUCUAAACUCUCCAAGCUGAGAAAGAGCAAAAUGAGCUUUGGAAAUUAUCUGUACAUCACCUCUGAAUAACAGAAACUGAAUGGUACCAUCACAAGAUGAUUAAAAAAUCACAAAAAGAAUGCAGUUGUUAAACUUGUCUAGUGGUAUCAUUAAACCGUAAGAGAAAUUCAUGUGUAUUAUAAGUGUAGGCCGGGUGUGAUAAUCCCGUUUAUUGUUAGAAUCAUCGUAUCGAACUUUCGACUGAAUCACACGGAUGCUCGAAAAGUGCCGAUAGUUCGGUUUUUUGAACAAUAAGGUCAACGCAAUGGUCGUUCUAUUUUGUACUCCAUCAGAAAAUCCUUUAUUAUCCCCUCAUCAUGCUAACACUGGCGACGGUUAAGCUCUGACCAGCCGAAAAUUUGCGCUCGCACACAUUAAUGAUAUUCGCCUACAUUUGUCCUACGCCUACAUCAAAAGCAACUAAGCAAAAUGGUCUGCUAUAGGGGUAGGAUACAAAUCCUCUAGUUACGUAAAUAUAUUUCAUAUAUUUUUUAUACAGAAAACACAAGGAUAACAAUAAUUCUAGUAGCUGCACGCUGUAAAAGUGUAAUUUCAGGUACAUUUACAAAACACGCAUUGAUUAUUGAAAUAUAAAACUGAUGAUAGAUGAGUAUACAGAGGGAAUCGCCCAAUGGCUGUUUCGUGUGUAGGAAAACAAUGCAGUUCUGAGUAGUGUUUGUGUUAAACGAACCGCUUCACUAGCAGUACAUACUUUUAAGGACUUACGAUAAGGAGAGAUCAAACGCUACCAAAUGAAGCGCAUGUGAAACUGCAAAUGUUUAUAUAUUUUGUACGGAGAAAGGAAAGAGUUUUAAAGUGUAUAUUAUUGAUAAAUGUUAUAGCUACAACAAAUAACGCAACGUUUCAGAUACUACAAAAUAACGAAUGCUUCUUUUCGAUCUUAUACCACAAACAAUGAUAUGAACAUGAAUAAAAAACCGUGUGUUUCAUUGGAACCAAA